CUCUUCAUUCGGAACAAAGCCCGGUUACUACAGCUGGUUUGAACACCUUAGUACGCGUCACCACAAACUAGGGGAAAAAAUGACCAACAAGGCGACUCCUGUUCUCCUCAAAGCGCUGCUGGAGCUAUCUGAAGCCCACUCUUCAAAGGUUGUCCGGGGAAACAUUAAAAGAGCAAAUUUCAGGGUCUUGGGGUCUUGUGGGAUCCUGGAAGCAAGAAGGGCAAGCCUCCAGUUCUGCCCCAGUACCGGUGUAAGCACACCAAGCCGAAGCUUCAUUAACCUGGCAGCUCCCAUCAGUAACCGCAGGAUAGAGUACACGGAGUGUCGGACGUUGGGGUAUACUCCAGAGCAGAUGUACAGUGUGGUGGCCAAUGUGGACCAGUAUCAGCACUUUGUUCCCUGGUGCAAGAAGUCUCGGGUCAUGAGGGGGCGGAACGGUGGCCUCCUGGCAGAGCUAGAAAUCGGUUUCCCCCCUCUUGUUGAGCGAUACAUCUCUGAGGUCACUAUUGUUCCAAACUACCAAGUCAGGGCUGUAUGUACUGAUGGAUCUCUCUUCAGCCAUCUUGAAACAAUAUGGAGGUUUUCCCAUGGAGACAGAAACGCAGCAGACUCGUGCAAAGUGGAAUUCUAUGUAUCAUUUGAGUUCAAGUCUCUUCUGCACUCCCAGCUGGCCAGCGUCUUCUUCGAUCAAGUGGUUAAGCAGAUGGUCAGUGCCUUUGAGUCACGGGCAGCAAAACUUUACACAAACCAGGAGGAGCUACCGCUGAGGAGGCGGUCGGCAUGAGGCGACACCUUUGAGCUUUCGUCCAUCCAGGUGCUUUUGGAACCCUGCCCGCCCACUGUUUUACCUGCUAUUGACACUUACACAGGAGACUGGAUCUUCUCUUUGCACCCAUAGUAUAUUUUUGAAUUAACACGCACAUGGAAUACACUUAAAGCUAUUUAUUUGUAAAGCACAAGUUGAUUUCUUUACCUUGCCCUACAUUUAUUUAUUUUUGUGGAUUCAAAUAAAGUUAUAGUUUUAAGGCUUAUGCGGACACUUUGAAAAUUGUGAGUUAAUGUUCUGAAAAGUGACUGCUACUGAAAGCUCAAAUGUGGUUGAAGACCUCAUCCUAUGCAGUAUUUAUCAGUGGAAUUAAAAUGUCUUGGUUUUUUGGUAAACUCUCUGCUCUGUUUGUGUCAUUUGUAGCAUUUAAAUUUUCUUAAUGUUUCCAUGUACUGAGCAACAUCUGCUGCAAGAAAAGAUUUCCAGUGUAGCAGACUAGUAACUUCUUACUCCUCAUGUUUGGGGAAGUGUUCCAGAUAAAAAGCACUGUCAACCUUGAUGGCUGAUACUGGCAGACAAGGUGAUAGCUACCAAUGUCGUGCGCUGAUAUUGGUUAUUUUGCAUGAUUUUAAAAACAGACUAAAAGCGGUGCGUUGGAGUGUUUUUGCAAAGCUAUAUCUGAUUGUUCCUCUAUGCACCUAAUUUAUGAAAUAGAGCUGCAAAGUGGAUUUUCAGUUACCCAUAACAUGUGCUGGCUUUUUGAUAACAAGCUGCAUGUUCCUCCUCUUUAUCCCGAAGGACACUGCUUUUCCAAACUUAAGUAUUUUCAUUACUUUUAACACAGGACAGUUUGUCUGCUUUGUCUGUCCUUUUAAUAUGCUUAAUUUGCAUGUUUUUAUUAGAGUGUGCCACACUUUAACUCAACUGAAAGAGGUUUUCAGAUGUAGCUCUGAAUCUGUGCAAUAAUUUCAAUAACUUGAAUUUCUGUUUUGAUGUGGUGCCACCUGCAGUUCAAAUCCCUUCAGUGCUGAUUUUUAGCCAUGUAUCUCUGUACAUAAAUUUCUCCCAAUUCUCUGAA